UUAGCGGAGGCCCACCAAUUGCCAAUCGCUGCUGCAGUAUGCUUCUCUUUACCUCCGUUCUCUCUGUGGCAAUUGCUGCCCAAGCUGUCUUUUGCUCUCCCGUUCACUCUCGGUCGCCGUAUGCGGUGAAAGAAACACACAAUGUGCCCAGACAGUGGAAGAGGGUCGGCCGAGCAUCCAGCGCGAAUACCAUUGAUCUCCAUAUUGGAAUCAAGCAAGGCCAGUUCGAGGAACUAGAACGCCAAUUGUACGAAGUCUCCGACCCGAGUCAUGACCGUUACGGUAAACACUUAAGCCAUGACGAGGUCAACGACCUCGUAAAGCCGUCCGUAGAAACCCUGGACCUUGUGAAUGAAUGGCUCCGUGACAAUGGCAUUGAGUCUUUGAGCUAUAGCCCGUCGAAGGACUGGAUUUCUGUGUCUCUCCCAAUCGAGACGGUGGAACGCCUCCUGGACACCGAGUACCACACCUUCGAGCAUGAGCGAGACGGUGACCGCUUGGUUCGCACUACUAAGUGGUCUCUACCUGCCCAUCUCCACGAACACAUCGAUGUCAUCCAGCCAACUACCUCUUUCUUCCGAAUGGGUGCUCAAAAGACAACUUAUAUCGAUUCCGCCCCAUAUAUCCCAGCUGGGUACACACCACCUACCGACCCUGCUAUUUCCAGCGUGUGUAAUGUCAGCUCUGUAACCCCGCAAUGUUUCAUGGAACUGUAUGGCACCAAAGGCUACAAGCCCAAGGCUGCCGGAAAGAACAAGGUCGGGUUCACCAACUACCUUGGAGAAAUCCCAAUUCGGCCGGACACUGCCAAGUUCCUCCAGAAGUACCGGCCGGAGGCGGUCUCUUCGGCCUACACUUUUAAGGGGGUCUCUCUCGAUGGUGGCCCCCUCCAGGAUGGACCCCUGAAUGCCACUCAAGCUGAAGACGGCAUCUCACGCGAAGCCAAUCUUGACGUUCAAGCCAUCGCUGGAAUUAGCUGGCCAACUCCGAUCGAGACCUGGAGCACAGGCGGUAGCCCUCCAUUCAUCCCGGACACCAACACCCCGACCGACACCAAUGAGCCGUACCUAGUUUGGGUCCAAUACAUCCUCAGCCAGAAGAGUAUUCCACAAACCAUCACUACCUCCUACGGCGAUGACGAGCAAUCGGUUCCCAAGUCGUACGCGGAGCGUGUCUGCAAGGACUUCGCUCGUAUAGGUGCACGAGGCACCUCUCUGCUCUUCUCUAGCGGAGACGGCGGCGUUGGAGACCCAGGCACUUGCCUGACCAAUGACGGCAAGAAUACCACGCAAUUCGUACCAGCUUUCCCCGCUGGAUGCCCCUUCGUAACCGCUGUCGGAGCCACGAUGAACUUCCAACCUGAAGAGGUGGCGUAUCGGGCACCCAGUGUGAACCCUCUGCAUAGCUUCUAUGCUAGCGGAGCUGGCUUUAGCAACUACUUCCCCCGCCCAAAGUACCAGGAUAAGGCUGUGCCCGCCUAUGUGGAAGGUCUUAAUGGCAAGUACGAUGGGCUAUAUAACAAAUCUGGCCGUGGAUACCCUGACAUCUCGGCCCAAGGUCUCUACUUCGCCUACGUCUGGAACGGCACCGAGGGCGUUAUUAGCGGGACCAGCGCCUCCUGCCCAUUAUCUGGCGGCAUCAUUUCCCUAGUUAAUGACGCCCUGAUCGCGUCUGGAAAGCCCUCCCUUGGGUUCUUGAAUCCGUGGAUUUACUCUAGUGGAUACAAGGGCUUCACCGAUAUUACAAAGGGCUCUACACAUGGCUGUGAUACUGAUGGUUUCCCGGCUGUAGUUGGAUGGGAUCCUGCCACCGGAUUUGGAACACCGAACUUUAAGAAAUUGGUGGAGAUCACUGGCUGUAAGUUUUAGAGCUUAUAAGUACAUAGAGCACAUUGGCGUAUCUAAAAAGUCUUGCAUCUAUAAUAAAUAAUAUAGAUAUCAGUGUUGUCUCUAGAUAAACGAACG